UCCGACUGGCACGGCAGGCAUGAGGAGGCGCACAGCAAGGAUAGAGGCAAGCUUGAAGCAACUCUAAUACCGUACUCGAAGUAGCUUGAGGCUUCACUUAUUCAGGGCGGAUGGCGAGCAAGCGACGGCCAUUGAUUAGUAAUGUUGCUGGUGCUGUUGUACUUUUGCUGGUGCUGUUGUUGGUGCGACGGGCAUGGAUGAGCAAGUCUGUUGUUGCUGGUGCUUUUGUGAUUUUGCUGGUGCCGUUAUUGGUUCUGGUAGGCAGGUUGUGUCGGGCGCCACAGACGUCAGACAUGGCACCUGGUCUGCUGCGAGAACUCGAGAGGCUGCGCGCCAAGAUCGAGCGCAAUGCCCACAAUCCGGCCGCCCUUACCCGUGCCUUCAUCUCAGUGUCUGAGCUCGUGCCUAGCUACUUUACAACGAGCGUUGGCGAAACACAGUCCCGGGAAGUAUUGGAAUCAAGGACAAGGCACUCUUGGCGAUGGGUGGAGCUGCCACAAUUUCCCCUCCGUAGAUUCUUGCCUUUGGCGGCCAGGGCGCUCUGCCGGUUCCCUGAAGAAAGGGGCCUUGUGCUUAUGAUAGCAGACCUCUGCACAGACUUGUUUAAGCAGAACAUGAUUGCGAAGAUGGAGGGGAUGCGGUGUGGGAUCCUGCAGGGCCUCUGCUCGGCUGCGGGGCAGGUGGCGCUGUCCGAACCUUUUUCACAGGAUGACAUGCUGUUUGCGGAGCGCAUCUUUGGGGCCAUCCGGAAGGUGGUAGAGCCUGCAAGCAUCGGAUUCUACUCGCAGCCGGUAGAUGUCAAGGAAGAGUUCUACUCCGUGGAGAGAAGCGCGUGGGGCGAGGUCAAUGUGGGGGACACUCUGAGGGUUCUGGCGGCCCGAGAAGGUUGGGAGAGCUUUGACGGGCCACCAGCUGCAAACCAUGCAAUCUUGCUCACGCUGCAUUACAUCAAAAAGCAUCCUGCAAUGACGAACAUGGACCACUACCUCGAAGUGCUGAGGAACAUUGCGGAGGCGUUCGGAAACAUGUUCCCUACGGUGGCUGAAAAUGCUGCAUUCAGCAGCUUUGUGAAGGACACUCUGGAAACAGCCAGAAGGCCGGCCCAGCCACAGCACCUUACACGGAUCCAAAUGGACCUGAUUGAUGAGGCUCUGCUGAUCUACAAGCGGACCUUGAACCCCUCCGAGUUCCCUUGGAAUCACAGCAAACCGGCGCUGCUGCCCGCCCUCAACCGCUUGUACGUGCAAGGCGCCGGGCUUCUCAACCUGGUCCCACUCUCCCUUCUCGUCGGCGCCGAGAACCUGGGUCGCCAAGAGCACAGGGCGACGGUCUGUGAAACCGCUCGCAAGUAUGAGAGCACCUGCGCGAAGUGUUCCAGGCUGCAGAGCGAGAGGCCAAGGGGGGAUCCCCCCUUCAGGCGGUGCGCCCGCUGCCAGAGCGUCUUCUACUGCGGAGCCAACUGUCAACGGCUCCACUGGAGGGAGCAUAGGCAGGUCUGCGUUGCACCAUAAAUCAGAAGUAUGCUGUACAGGCGUACAGACCGUAGCUAAGUUCAAAAAUUGAUCAACUAGUGUAGAGGAUAAAAGUGGGCGGAGCCCCACUUUGUGCGCCGCGACAUCAACGCCCGCCCAACCAACCUCGGGGGUGGCCAGGUCGCCGGUGAAGGAUAGCCUGUAGAUACUUUGAGUUCUGCAGUCACUUCGUCUCAGAACCUUCAUACGGUCUUGAUCGGAGCUAAUGUGCUCUUUCAGAUCAAUCACAAAAAUGCAGGUCGACGGGUGAUUGGUGACAGUUCAGAGAAACGUCUUUGUGAUCAGAGUCCACCCCGUAUUUGAGAAGCAGAAUACGUGUACUACAUGGUUGUCAGGCUUUGAGUUAAGGAGAUCGUCGAAGUUCGAUCACUUUCAUGCAUGUUAAACGGAUG